GGUGUGCCGACGAACGAGGAGGUUCUCUUGGUAUAUGGUCGUGCUGCGCGGGAACCCUUUUCCACUCGGUUAUCACGUGGUAUUCUACAAGCACACGAUGAAGAUUAAGGGAAUUCCAGUGGCGGUGAUCGUGGCUCUAAUCUGCGUACCAGCAGUCACGGGUGACAAGCUACCCAACGCACAACAUGGAUUUCACAGCAGUGAAUCAAGAGGAAACAGACAUCAUGAGACUUCAAGGACGUCCUCAUUAAAUCAGGGGCCUUUAGGGCCUCACGGGCAAGGAGGUGGAAACAAUGGGUUUGGCUCGAGGUUGUCAGCCUCUAGUUCCUACCAAGAGGCUUCCAGUAUCUUUGGGGGAGGGGAUACAUCUUCAAAUUCUAUCAGUCAGUCUUAUGAACUGCCUUCCACGCUGACAGCCCCUAGCCAAACCUAUGGAACACCUCGGCAGACUCAGACAUCCAAUUCAUUAAGUCAAAACUAUGUACAACCUCAGACACAGACAGUAAGUCAGACCUAUGACACACCUAAACAGACUCAGACACCAUCACUUUCACAGACAUAUGGCACACCUCAAUCCACUCAACAUAGACAGGCCUCCUCACAAAACUACAGGGUUCCUAUAUCGAAAAACAGCCCAUCUUCAUCAUAUGACCCUCCAAAUCAAUCUUCUAAGUCUUCAAGUACACAGCAGUCCAUAUCUCAAAAUUAUGGUGAACCUUCUCAAAGUUACAGUGCACCUCAACAGCAGCCGACUCAAAGUUAUGGUGCACCUCAAGCUUCUCAAAAUUUUGGUAAACGUCAGCAACAGAUUUCUCAAAGUUACAGCACACCUCAACAACCUUCUCAGAAUUAUGGUACACCUAGGCAACAGUCCAAUCAACAGAUCUCUCAAAGUUAUGGCACACCUCAACAACCUUCUCAGAGCUAUGGUACACCUCAGCAACAGUCCAAUCAACAACCCUCUCAAAGUUAUGGGGCACCUCAACAACCUUCACAGAGUUAUGGUCCACCUCAGCGACAGACCACUCAAAAACCAUCACAAAGUUAUGGGACACCCCAACAACCUUCACAGAAUUAUGGUCCACCUCAGCAACAAUCCACUCAAAAGCCUUCCCAAAGUUACGGGACACCCAAACAACCUUCCCAGAAUUAUGGUCCACCUCAGCAACAGACACCUCAACAACCUUCCCAGAAUUAUGGUCCACCUCAGCAACAAUCCACUCAAAAACCAUCACAAAGUUAUGGGACACCUCAACAACCUUCCCAGAAACCUUCCCAGAAUUAUGGUCCACCUCAGCAACAGUCCACACAAAAGCCUUCCCAAAGUUACGGGACACCUCAAACAAACCUUCCCGAAUUAGCACAGUCCACUCAAAAGCCUUCCCAAAGUUACGGGACACCUCAACAACCUUCACAGAGUUAUGGUCCACCUCAGCAACAGCCCUCUCAAAGCUAUGGUGCUCCCCAACAGCCUACUCAAAGUUACAGCCAACCACAACAACAAUCUAAACAACAGCCUUCCCAAAGUUAUGGUGCACCUCAGCAACAAUCUACUCAAGCGCAGAUUUCUCAAAGUUAUCGUGCACCUAAACAACCUUCUCAGAGUUAUGGAGCACCUCAGCAACAGUCACAGAGUUAUAGUGCACCUAACCAACAACCCUCUCAAAGUUAUAGGACACCUCAACAGCCUUCUCCAAGCUAUGGCACACGUCAACAGGCCUCACAAAACUUUGGUGGUACACAGCAACAGCCCUCUCCAAGCUACAGCACACCUCAAAGGCCCUCUCAAAGUUAUAGCACAUCUCAACAACCCUCUCAAAGCUAUGGUACACGUCAACAGCCUUCUCAAAACUAUGGUACCCCACAACAACCCUCUCAGCAGCAUUCCACUCAGACUUAUGGCACAUCCCAACGGCAACCCUCUCAAAGUUACAGUGCUCCCCAACAACAACCUUCUCAAAGCUACAGUGCUCCCCAACAACAAAAUCCCUCACAAUCCUAUGGGGCACCCCAAUCUAACCAAAAUUAUGGUGGACAACAAAGCACUCAAAAUUCUGGUACAAAUCAGCAAUUGUCUCAAAGCUAUGAAGCUCCAGGGGCACAAAACAAUGGUUAUGGGAACCAGCACAGUGACAACAGCUAUGGAAACCAAGGUCACAUGAAGGGGAUGCCUUACGGGUUUGAUUAUGCGGUCAACGACAUUUAUACAGGCAAUGACUUUUCGCAGAGGGAAUCCUCUGAUGGAAAUGUUGUGAUGGGAGAGUAUCGCGUCAAGCUCCCUGAUGGACGGACACAGAUUGUGACUUAUACCGCAGACCAUGAAAAUGGAUUCAUGGCCGAUGUCAAAUAUGAAGGCGAGGCCCAGUAUCCACAAGGAAAUAACAAUAACAAUGGUUAUGGCAAUCAACAAAAUAUUCAAGGAGCGAACAACUAUGGUGGCCAACAAACUACUACGCUCAACAAUGGUUAUGGAGGGGAGGGAAAUUCCGGUGACAGCAGCUACGGCUCCUUGCAAAACCCAGGUCAAGACAGUUAUGGAAUUCAGCAAAACACUGGAGGUAACAGUUAUUUCCAAAAUCAAAAUUCUGGUAGCAGUAGUUAUGGACAAGGGAGUACAGGUGGAAGCAGUUAUGGAGGACAACCCAACACUGGAGGGACCAGUUAUGCAGGACAACAAAAUACAGGUAUCAAUGGAUAUGGAAGUCAGUACAGCAAUGCAGCAUCAAAUACUGGGAACAGGAACUUUAAGCUGCAAAGCACUGGCAGUAGCAGUUACCAAGGGCAACAAAAUUCUGGAAGCAGCCAUUAUGGGGGUCAACUAAAUAACAUAGGUGGCAGUAGUUACGGGAGCAGCAACUUCAGAACAGCGACUAAUAAUGGUCCAAGUACCUACGGAGGGCCAAAACAAAAACGUAGUAAAAACAACAGCUUGUCAGAUCUCACAUAUGUACUGCCAGAUUUUGAUGUUCCCCCUAAAGUAGAUACUAAUUAUAUUAACUGGUAGAAAAGAAACAACAGAGGCCUGAGGGACCUAAUAGGAGAAUAAUGAUUGUAACUCUGUUCUUUCCUUUCAGACACAGCUACCUUAAUCAAAUUAUGUCCCAUAAUUGCAACACAAAUAUUGGUGCUUACCUUGCUACACAGUUACUGAUAUUUUCUAUUUGCUUGAAUUUCAGGGUAUGCAUGAUGUGAAAAAUAUGGAGCAGCAUUUUCCUUAUUAAGAAUGCAGUAGCUUCAUUACAAAUGCAUGCACAAGUUGGAAUAAUGCCUGCCUGUCAAGCAUGUUGCCUAUCAGGUAUUUCUAUCUUGGGUUUCUACAAUCUCAAAGGAAGCAGGAAGAGGAUGUUUAGAGAAAAGAUCCGUUUCUCUCUUAUCCCUUUUUUUGCCAAGAAUAAAAUAAAAGGUCCUCUCACAUGAAUGACUGAGUAUCUAUUCACUUGUAGGGUAUAAUAUAUAACUACCUUUAUGUUGUGCCAAUAGCUUAUAUUCCCUGGAUGCUUUCAAGUUCACUCAUUCUAUUGAAACUUCUAAAAAUAGAAAUAAGGCUCCUUUUCUAGAUAACAGGACAUUUUUUACAAUAAAAUCAUUCUAUAGAAACCUUAUAAUUCAUUAUUUCAUGGAGGUGAAAGUGUACUUAGAGCGCCAGCUAGUCGGAUAUUACUAGGAUUAUAUUUAUGUUAUUUAUGUUUUGAAUUUCUAUCAAACCCAAUAGGCACAAAAUUCAUAUCCAUACAUAGAUAUAUACACACAUACUACAAUAUAUAUAUAUAUAUAUAUA